CCUGCUCUGUUCAGUGUUAGCAACAACAAAGUGAAGCCCCGGAGCAAGAGUCUCUCAGUCGCCUUUCUGCUGUCAGCAGCAUCUUCACUAUCGUCCUCCGUCGGGGUCCACUGGCUGAGAGGAUGGUUGAGCGACACGACAGCCGGAGAACCGAAUGGCAUCUGUACGACGAUGGCUGUUGAUGUACGCAAGUUUCCAAACGUGGAAGGAGGACACAGAACCAUGUUGCUUUAAAUUGUGACCUGCGGUGAACGGGGGAGCCAGAACAGGAGGAGGAGGAAGACUCAGGCGUAGGCAAGCAUUGAGAGAUCUGCCACAGCUCCCAGUAGGUGGCCCACUGCCAGCGUAACGCAAUGGGCAACACGGCCACCAAGUUCCGCAAGGCGCUGGUGAGCGGGGACGAGGCGCUGGCCUGGCAGCUGUAUGAGGGCAACCCACAGUUCAGGGAAAGCCUGGACCCGAAUGCAUCAUACGGAGAGCAGUACCAGCACAACACUCCUCUGCACUACGCAUGCCGCCAUGCCAUGACGCGGCUGCUCAGGUCGUUCCUGUUCAGCAAAGAGGGAAACCCAAACAAGCGUAACGUGCACAACGAGACAUGCCUCCACGUGCUUUGCCAAGGUCCACAGAUUCUGCUGCUGCCAGAGGGGGCACUCUCUCCGCGGCUGGCACGACCUCAGAGGGACGAGCAGCGUCGCGCAGACUGCCUCCAGAUGAUCCUGAGCUGGACCGGAGCCAGACUGGAAGGAGGCCAGUAUGAGAAGGCCAAUGUGAACGCCACUGACAACCACCACAGCACCUGUCUGCACUACGCUGCUGCUGCAGGCAUGAAGAGCUGCGUGGAGCUGCUGAUCCAGAGCGAGGCUGAUCUCUUUGUGGAGGACGAGGAAAAGCUGACGCCAUGCGACCAUGCCGAGCGGCACCACCACACCGACUUGGCACUCAGCUUAGAGUCACAGAUGGUUUUCUCCUCUGCCUCGGCUCAGCAGUCGAACUCAGACUCACACAGUGAAAGCUGCCUGCUGCAAUACAAGGAGCCUUACGAGGGAUUAAAGAUUCAGGAUCUGCGCCGUCUGAAGGACAUGCUGAUCGUAGAGACUGCGGACAUGCUGCAAGCUCCACUUUUCACCGCUGAAGCCCUGCUUCGAGCGCAUGAUUGGGACAGAGAAAAGCUUCUGGAGGCCUGGAUGUCUGAUGCUGAAGGCUGCUGUCAGCGUUCUGGCGUCACCAUGCCCACCCCACCACCCAGCGGCUACAAUGCCUGGGACACCCUGCCGUCUCCUCGCACUCCUAGGACCCCCCGCUCACCUCUAACGCUCACCCUCACUUCCCCCACCGACAGUUGCUUCACACCAGGAGAGGAGGGCAUGGCUAUGUGUGGCAUCUGUCUCUGCUCCAUCUCAGUCUUUGAAGACCCGAUUGACAUGUCCUGUGGCCAUGAGUUCUGCAGAUCCUGCUGGGAGGGGUUUCUCAACGUAAAGAUUCAGGAAGGCGAUGCUCACAAUAUCUUCUGCCCUGCCUAUGAGUGUUACCAGUUGGUGCCUGUACAUGUGAUCGAAAGUGUGGUUUCUAGAGAGAUGGAUCAACGGUACCUGCAGUUUGAUAUCAAGGCCUUCGUGGAAAACAAUCCGUCCAUCCGCUGGUGUCCCGCGGCUCGGUGUGAGCGAGCAGUGAGGCUCACCAGACCGGGCCCUGGAGACAGUGACCCCCACAGCUUCCCCCUACUUCCAUCCCCAGCUGUCGACUGUGGCAGGGGUCAUCUGUUCUGCUGGGAGUGCCUCGGGGAGGCCCAUGAGCCAUGUGAUUGUCAAAUGUGGAGGAACUGGCUCCAGAAAGUCACAGAGAUGAAGCCUGAGGAAUUGGCAGGAGUGAGCGAGGCCUACGAAGAUGCCGCUAACUGCCUGUGGUUGUUGACCAACUCCAAACCGUGUGCCAACUGCAAGUCGCCCAUUCAGAAGAAUGAGGGCUGCAACCACAUGCAGUGUGCCAAAUGUAAAUAUGACUUUUGUUGGAUAUGCCUGGAGGAGUGGAAGAAACACAGCUCGUCCACGGGAGGCUACUAUCGCUGUACUCGCUAUGAAGUCAUUCAGCAGCUAGAAGAGCAGUCCAAAGAGAUGACCGUCGAGGCAGAAAAGAAGCACAAAAGUUUCCAGGAGCUGGACCGUUUCAUGCACUACUACACUCGCUUCAAGAACCAUGAACACAGUUACAAGCUGGAGCAGAAGCUGCUGAAAACCGCUAAAGAGAAGAUGGAGCAUCUGAGCAGAGCCUUUAUUAGCCGUGAGGGUACUCCCCCAGAUACCCGUUUUAUUGAGGAUGGUGUGACUGAGCUGCUGAAGACACGGCGUGUGCUGAAGUGCUCUUACCCAUACGGCUUCUUUCUGCAACAGGGCAGCACGCAGAAGGAGAUAUUUGAACUCAUGCAGACCGACCUGGAAAUGGUGGUAGAGGAUUUGGCUCAGAAAGUUAACCGGCCAUACCUCAGGACACCGCGGCACAAAAUAAUAAGCGCAGCGCGCCUGGUGCAGCAGAAGAGGCAGGAGUUCCUGGCAUCUGUGGCACGUGGUGUCGCUCCAAACGAUUCUCCAGAUCCUCCCCGCAGGAAUUACCCUGGAGGAUCAUGGGACUGGGAGUGCCUUGGCUUUGCAUCACCUGAGAUGGGAAGCCGUCACUCUGUAAUGGGAGCAAGAGAUGACAGAGAGAGACAGUCGCAGGAUUACGCUGACAUUCAGUACCGUCGUAGACACAGACCACGACGCAGAGGAGACAUGCUGAGUCUGCACAACCUCAGAAGCAGCAGCAACACACCAGAGACCAGCAGGAGAACCGAUAACACAGAUCCCACAGAAAGGACUGAAGGUCGCAGAAGAGCGCUGGGGUCCCUUGACGAAGAUGACCCGAAUAUACUCCUUGCCAUCCAGCUGUCGCUCCAGGAGUCCCGGAGAGAGCAGGGCCUGGAUGGAGGAGCAGAGCUGGAGCACGGACUGGAGAGAGGACCGGAGAGGAGGUCGGUUACUGCAGGAGAUCUGGCUGACGUUGCUUUGCACUCCCUCAACAUUGAGGAUCCUCCAGGAGCCCGAGGCUCCUCAUUCCCCACAUCCCUCCUGGACGCUCCACGACCCCCAAACAGGACAGAUUCCACCUCACAGCCAUCAAUACUGAGUUCCCUCCCCCUGCCGCCCCCUCCUCCCACCCUCAGCGCGGAGCUGCUGGAGCUGGGAGACAGCCUUAUGAAACUGGGGAACAUAACUACUCCUUACAACAUGGACACAGACCCCACAUACAGCCACAGCGCGCUGACAGAUCCUUACAGCGACUGCAGCCAUAGACAGGACCAGAACGCAUCCACUCUACAUGUGCUGGAUCAUAUCGCCAUCACAGAUCCUCAUCAAGACAGCAAAGAGCAGAGCUACUGCAGCUCUUCUCUCUAUUCAGCUGAGGGUGAACACACUGCCUCCUGUGCACUGGAUUGCACUCAUAACCCCUCUCAUCCUAGUCUGUUUAACCAGGAUCAUGACAAAGCAGACUCCUCCUACCAGCCAGGCAGCUCCUACACUGCAGAACAUCCUUCCACCUACGCUCUGGACCACCAUCCCAGGUCAGAGCCUCAGCCUCCUGUCCAGUUGUGCCUCCCAUCACCAGAGCUAGAGCCAGAGCUGCUGCUUUCUCCAGUUAUUCCACCAGGGGGCCCUUUCACCCCCAGUGACCCUCAGAGCCUGGAGGCUUUGGACCCAACAGCAAGCGCUCAACUAUUGGACAACAUCAUGGCCUGGUUCAACAACAACAUAAACCCCCAGAACAACCCCCAGAAUCUGGCUCUCAUCCCAUCCCCGCCCACCACAGAAACGGACUCCUCUCCCGACACACACACCGAGGCACAGAGGGAUGGGACCACCGCCCCGGUCUGGCAGCCCCUGGAGGGCGAGCCCGAAGCAGUAGACGGCGGGGAGGCCCCAAAGAGGUCGAGGCCCGACUCUCUAGAGCUGGAAAAUAGAGACGUCAGAGAGGAGGGUGUGAACACGGGGUGUGUGUCGGACCUGUCGCUGGACGAAGAGCACACACACCCGCGGUCACACAGCCAGCGCAGAAGCAGUCACACUCACACUGACCCAGCCACAGAGAGGGAGGCAGACAUUGUCCUGCAGUUAGAGGGGGGCAGGUCACCUGAGGAGUGGGAGGAGCAGGAACACUUGGUGUGACAGCGAGAUAAAGGGUACAGGUAAAGAGAAGGACAGACAGAGCGUUUACUGGAUGUACCAUACUGUAUUUAUGAUGUCACACACAGGUUGGACAUUUUAAAGUGCUUUUUGUCUGCACCAGAAACAGACAACAAAUUAUUCAUUAAAAUAAAUACGUGAAAGAAAAGCUGUUGAUAUCAGAACACAAACAGCUCCAUGGUUUGAUUUUUAUUGUUAUUUAUACUCUUGCUUCUCAUAUUUAUUUCCUCAGUUUGUUAGGGAUGAAGUGUUGGUGCUGCAAUCAAAACUUGUCUCAUCUUUUAACACGUGAUUGAUUGAUUGAUUGAUUGAUUCAUUGAUUGAUUGACACACUGACCCACAACCGUGAGCCUGUUCUCUGGCUCCAAGAGUCGAACCAGACGGUUGCCGUAAACUUGGAGCCUGAUGGGCGCGCCGUACAAUCAGAGGGGCCUACUUCACAUUCCCGUGCCUGCUGUUGGUGCCAACACAUUGAUCGUUCCUGCAUCACUCUUACAUUGUACUGUUGUGUUUCUGCUGCAGGGAAGUCUAAACCCUCCUCAAGGUAUUCGCUCAAAGGCACUUCAGAUUGACCAUCAUUUCAUACUCAUUUUGGGCUUUUAUUGGUUUAUUUUUUUCCACUAUGGAACAAUUCUUCAACCACCAUCUUUAGUGAUUUUUGUUUUUAAAGAAUUAGAUGAAUAAGUUUGAACUUAUUUGAGAUCUUCUCCACAGUCCACAUGGUCAGAAUUAUACAUACAGGCUCAAAUAUGUGCCCACGCCCCGAUAUUUAGCUCAAUGUGCCUUGCAAGAUGGACCUCAACCACUCUCUUUGUAGCUAUCAGCCCGUUUUUGGCAUAAUUCUGGCUGGAUUUGUUAUCAGAAAUGAAAUGGUAGCUUUCAUCUAAAUCGGUUGACUUGAGGCUGGGCCAUUCUAGACGCCUAAUGUCUGACUGCUUGUAUCUGUUUCAGAACUUGCUUUGCUUCUAAUUGCUGAUAGGAGGUGAAGCUGAAGAAUUUGGAUGUCCUAUGCUAUACACUACUACAGGCAGUGAAAAAAGUGAAACAGACUCGCAGCAUGAUGCUACCACCACCAUGCUUCAAAGUAGGUAGGGUGUUCUUAGGUGGCAAGCUUCACCUGGAGUCCUCCCAACAUCCCUCUUGUCACUGUGGCCAAAUACCCCAUUCAUUGUCUGGUCUGAAGACAUUUUUACCUAACAGCAAAAUUUCAGUAGAAGAAGAGAACGCACUUCUCUCUUAGUCGGCACCUGUGGCGAUGUGAAGCUUGCCUCACUCUGGAGGGAAACCCUGAGUUUCCAGUUCAUAUAACGGGUCUUUGGAGGUUCAAACCUCCUGCCCUGUGUGAGUGACAGUUUACAUCAGAUUGAUUGAAUAUUGAUAAAAGCCGGGUGUUCCAACACAUCAAAUAUAAAACUUUAUGGGCUAAGGAUAAAAGCAAAGUCUGUGCUGAGAAACAAACUAAUAUAAAUUAUCUCUACCAUUUCUGAUAAGAAAAGCUGUCAAAUAUCCAACCAGCUUGUUUAUGGCUGCAGAAAGCAUACAGGUAGGGUGCAGCUAUCUAAGGCACAUAAAACUAAAGAUUAGUGAUUAUGUUUGAGCCUAAGGAAAUCUACACCAAUUUUUGUUUUAAAAGUUCAACUAAUUACCCCUGAAAAAUGUGGGAAAUGUAUCAUUAAAUCCCCCAAAUUGAUUGGGGGGUAACAUGCAUUGGAUUAUUAGCUGAUAUCUAACCUAAAUAAGUUUUAUUAUGUAAACAUUUAAGUUGAGACUCUCAAAGAGAAUUCACACUACAGAAAAAGUCAUUAAAUGCAUUAUUAUUUUCCCCUGACAUUUAAAUGAGGAAAGAUACUUCAAGCCUAUAUUUGCCCAUUUAGAUGUUUUCUUAUUUUACUGUGUUCUGCUUGAUUUAAGAGUUUUGCACAUAAUAUCUGAGACAGAGUAACAAUUAAUUUUACUGUAGGUACUGUAGGUGAAGGCAGAUCAUAUUUACUCCUCAGCUGAUGACUGGUACAGUGUGCUGUAACUGAUUGGAUGAGGGUUGGGUUUUACUGUAAUUUAUCCUUUAUUAACUAACAGAGAGAUUGUCUUUCUUGUUAAAACCAGAGUUUUUUUGGUCUGUGUGCCUUUUUUUUUCUUGUUUGUUGAUAUUUAUUAUAGUUUUUACUUUUUAAACCUGCAGAGCAAAGAUUUUAUUUAAAGAAAAUGGAGGACGCACCGCUUUAACACCUGUUUUCCUAAAUGAGCCCCACAGUUUUUAGGAGGUUUUACACUUCGAUGAGCAACCGGUUUAUCUGAAUGUUUAAAUUUGUUCUUCUUCACUCAGGCUGGAUCUUUACAUCAUGUAUGCCCUGCUGUAAUGUUUACAGGAGAUUCAAACACUGCCUGCUGUGGUCAGAGAUUGCAUUGGUGCUUUUAAUCAAACCUUUGUGGCUCAAGAUCUGUUGCAGCUGAAGUAUUUUUUCCCCCAAAAGUGCGGUUGCGUCAUUUACAAUGAAUGGUUUUAAAAAGGGAGGUUUGAAGUGACAGUUUUCUUCCACAUUUCAGAAAAGUUAUUGCGAUGUUCGAGGAACCGGUGUGAGCUAUAACGUUUCAGAUUACGUGUCUGUACACUUACAGAUCUGUUUUCUCUUACAACAAUAAAAGCACUAAAUGUGAUGUCUUCAUUUUACACCAGUAUAGCUGGCAGGAGGAGGAAUGAUUGUUUUAGUUGGGUUUUCUUUUCAAGUAGAAGUGGGUUGUAUGUGUUGAAUAAUUAUCCAGUGCCAUUUUGUGCCCCUCAUUGUAUUUUUGAUUAAUUGCGCUGAACCAACAACUCCAUAACCUAAAAAACAAAAGGGGAAUUGCACUCUCAUAGAUUUUACUUGAUACAUUCCCGCCUGGUCUCAAGAAAGGUGUGAUGUGUUGCCAAAUCUACAAGUGAAAGUGUCAGUGCUGAGUUUACUCAAUAAAAAGAAGUGAAAUGUG